AUGGCUCUCAAUCCGAGAUUGAUGCCAGGUGUGGUUUCUACUGCUUCUACUCCUUCUUUAAGAUCAAGGGAAGGUAGUAUUGUAUCCACAGCUAGGGAUGCGGGCGGAAAUGUAAGAGUUGUGGUUAGAGUUAGAGGAUUUCUUCCUCGAGAGAUUGAUAGAGGAGCUGAGUGUUUGAUUGAAAUGAACCCGACAUCACAAGCAACCACCCUCCUUGUCCCCAACGAUACAGACCCUGCAAACACUCGCUCGAAGAUGCGCAAAGUCAUUGAAGAGAAAAAAUUUACAUUUGACAAUUCCUUCUGGAGUCACAACGAAUCUGACGAGCACUAUGCACACCAGGAGGACGUUUACAAUAGCUUGGGAGAGGAGUUUUUGGAUCAUAAUUUCGAAGGAUAUCAUACUUGCAUUUUUGCAUAUGGCCAGACAGGUUCAGGAAAGAGUUACACAAUGAUGGGCACGGAAGAUCAACCAGGAUUGAUUCCAAGGACCUGCGAGGAUCUAUUUCAGCGAAUCGAUGCAGCACAUAAUGAAAGUCCAAACAUUUCCUAUAAUGUCCGUGUUUCCUAUUUCGAGGUCUAUAACGAACAUGUCCGAGAUCUCCUUGUUCCAUGCCACUCAAAUCAUCCACCUUAUUACCUUAAGAUUCGUGAAUCCCCCACCGAAGGACCUUAUAUCAAGGAUUUGACCGAUGCGCCUGUUAAAAAUAUUUCCGAAAUCAUGCGAUACAUGAAGAUGGGAGAUGCCAGUCGCACCACAGCAAGUACCAAGAUGAACGAUACAAGUAGCAGAAGUCAUAGUGUGUUUACCAUUAUGCUCAAGCAGAUUCAUCAUGACAUGGAGACCGACGAAACAACAGAACGUACGGCCCGAAUUCGACUCGUGGAUCUCGCCGGUAGCGAACGUGCCAAGGCAACAGAAGCAACAGGCGCCCGUCUACGUGAAGGAAGCAAUAUCAAUAAGUCCCUAACCACUCUCGGCCGUGUCAUUGCUGCUCUCGCGGAUCCAAAACAACAUCGUACUGGAAAGCGCAAUAAAGACGUUGUUCCCUAUAGAGAUUCAAUCCUCACCUGGCUGCUCAAAGAUUCAUUGGGAGGAAAUAGUAAAACCGCGAUGAUUGCGUGUAUUUCUCCAGCCGACUAUGACGAAACUCUGUCUACCCUUCGCUAUGCAGAUCAAGCCAAACGCAUCCGCACACGUGCCGUCGUCAACCAGGAUCAUGUUUCCGCUGCCGAGCGUGAUGCUCAAAUUGCUGCUAUGGCCGAAGAAAUUCGCAUUUUACAACUUCAGGUCUCCAACUCUGACUCUACGCGCAAAGAAACCGAAACCAAAGCACAAGAGGAGAAACUCGAGCAAUACCAGAACAAAAUCGCUCUGAUGCAAAGAAUGAUGGAAGACAGGACCAUGAUAUCAGAAGGCAAAAUUCGAAACUUGACGACUGAAAACGAGGCUUUGAGAUUACAUUUGAAGUUGGCUCUGGAAAGCUUGAAGAAUCCAAUCAAAGUGGAGAGUGCAAGAGCCAGUAGUCUAUGCAGCCUAAGUUUUGGUGACGACGACGGAGUAGAGCAGGAUAAGAAGGCCGGUGAUGAAGACAUUAGUGUUGCGGAAGGAGAGGAUUAUGAACAGGAGUAUUCGGAUGAAGAUGAAGCUAUUGAUGUUGGAGUGCAUGAGGAGAGAGCAAGUGAAAUGCAGGGAUUCAUGGGCGAUUUGUUGAAGGAUCUGGAUAUGUUUAGGAAGAAGAUUGGUGAUGACAAGGGUCGUUUCGGUAGGGGAGUAGAGGCUGUAUUAGUAUAA